AAUAUGUGGCAUGCAAGACGCAGCCUUUAUUACACAAACACGUCCGUCCGUGCUCACAUCGUCGUCGUGGUCUUAUCUUGGUCAAAUAGCAAGUACCAUGUGCCAUACAUGCACCACCAUCCCUUCUUCUCCUCAAGUUCCGCGGAAGACGAGUUCCGCCCGGUUUGCAAAAUAAAAUUGGCUAAGAGAAAAGUUAAGCUAGUGUGAUUUUGACAGGUUGUGGAGGACUUUAUCCAGUCAAGUGGGUGACACCGGAAGUGGUCCAGUUUUUUCUUGGUGAGAUCGAGUGACUAGCUGGAACCUCUCCUAAACACUUCUUCUGGUGCGGAUGCCCUUAAUUUUGACGGGUUGGGUGGUGUUGGAUUGGAUUCUUCUCCGAAUAAUACGUAAGAUCGGAGGACAUCAUGAUGGCCAUGGACUCGCAAGCGUUGGUGAAACUGGGGGUUCCCGAAACUUUGGGCAACUUUCGUCUCGACGAUCACAACGUGGUCGAGUGGUCAGACUCUGACCUGCCCGGAGUGCGGCAUAAGGGUCGCAAGGAGACUGGCAAGUGGAUCAACCCCAUCAACAAUGCGGACAUUCAGUACCAAAAGCAAGAAGACUGCAAGAAAUCGGACCGCGGUGAGGAACAAGUGCGGACGGAAGUGAUUCAAGGACAAGCUCCAGACUCGCAGUUUCAAAUUGUCCGUUCUCAUUCGCAUUUUCACACGGAGAAUGACAAUCUCAACUCUUCUUUGGUCCAAAGUUCCUCCACGUCGUAUCAAAUGAGCUCGUCCAGAGGGGUUCGGAGUACCAGCAAGAACACUAGCAACCGUACCACAACAAAGACUGUGACUGUGAGUGGGGGCCGAUCCGAUGACUUUGAGCACCUUGGAUUAACGUUUCAACCUUUGGACACGUCAACUCAACGGGAACGAAUAAAUGUCAGCCGUAGCGGGACGAUGGGGGUGAGGCGUCCCCCGACCCGAAGGCACACCCCAGUCACACCCGCCCCCAUCGUGUCAACUAGUCCGGACGAUAGCGAGGUGGAAAUCAAAGACGAAAUUAUUGUCGAUUCAGACGACAACUUGAGAAAUACUCCGCCUCCACCGCAGACUCGAUCAAGCGUCAUGAUGAACCAUGCCAGUGGCUUAUCCAUCGUCGAGUUUAAAGAUAUCACUCCCAAGUUUCGCGGAGUCAUGGUCGGAUUUCCGGUAGAAAUUCAGCUCGAGUUGCAAAGUCGGUUGAGAGGAAGUGCGUCGUCGCAUAUGGAGCGAAGAAAUGGGAUGGACUCGGACGAUGAUGACGACGUUCUCCAGGUACCGGUACGAAGAGAAGGUGACGAUAAGUCGGGGCCUUAUCAAAAUGAUACCGCGAAGAAGAGAGAAUCUUCUCCUGCGAGGCAGUUUGGCUUAUCAUCAUCCUCCUCCGAGAAGAAAGGAUCCACCUUCGGUUUCCCCCAGAGAAAGAAAUCGUAUGAGUUGGAAUCUUUCGACUCGCAUGCGGAUUCCUCGAGAUUGCUUUCGAGCAAUAAUAAUAAUAACAGCAAUAAAUUUGCUUCAAACUACUUGAACCUGUUUCCCCCCAGUGAUGAUGACGAUAACCAUCAUCAUCACCAUCACCACCACCAUCAUCACGGCGGAGAGAACGUCCCGGAAGAGAUACCGCCAAUGGACCAACACCUACGGCGUCACAAUUCCCCCUCUCCAAUCAUCCAGUCCCCUUCGCCACCACCUUGGACCAACUUUUACGAUAAGAUGAAACCAGGAAACGAACGCGGCGGAAAGAUGUUCGAAAACAAUAAUCCCUUCAUGUCCUAUGACGAGAACACGUUUGAGAAAAGUACCCCGAUUCCGAUUCAGAUUGAGGGAAGAGCGAAAGGACACAGUGUGAUGAACACGUUCGAAAGUGACAAAUAUUUUGGUCAGGAUAACUACAUGGUUACUCCGUCAAAGUUGAAUUUCUCGGCGAAAUCUGGUCUCGGUCAGGGAGGAGAGGCUUAUGACACAAGACGGGAAGAAGAACGACCACCUUCCCCCCAGCAGGAACCGCUGUCACCAUCCCCCCCACUUUUGUCCCCCUCGUUGGAACGAUCUCGCCGUCUGUUGCAAAUGCUGCAUGAAACUCCGACCGUCAUGUCGAAAAUGUCGGGAGGGAAGUACUCCCAUUCUGAAGAAGACAAAUGGGGUCAAAAUAAUAAUAAUAACAAUGAAGAAAAUAGCAACAAUGAGGAAGAAGAAUGGCAAACACAACGUCAACUGAGCUUUUUGAAUGAUUCACUCUCCCGAAUUUUGGAAGCUGGGCGGACAACUGCGCCCAGGAAGAGUGACCAAGGUCAGCAGGAAAAAUAUUCCAAUAUGGUGGAAAAUGUGUACACUUUUUCCAAUCAGAAAUACUCCUCGAGAGAAUGUGACGAAGAGGAUGACGAUGACAAUGACGAGGUGGAUAUCAACGGAAAUUUACGACCAGCUCAAGUGUCACAAACUUGGAUUUCUUCCGCCGAUAUGAACAAACCUUCGCAAAAGGUUCGCGACAAGGAUGUCACGACGAGCAUUUCCGCGACGCAUGAUCACUUUCGACGUGGGGCUAAAAAGGUGGAAUUUUGUAAGACGGAAGUUCACUUUACGGCGGAUUCGGGGAAGUUUCACAUUGUAGAAACUGAUGAGAAUAAGCCUUCCACGUCGCACUUGUUCCGCAGAAAGAAGAAGGACCGGACGAAAAGUGGAGAGAGUGAGAUUGCUACCACGCCCACGAAUCAAACUUCGACUGAAAGCACCCCAUCGUCGACGUCGUUAUUAUCCCAGAAAAGUGGGGAAAGUGUAUGGAGCGACGAGAAAAACCAGAAACACUGGCUUUUUGGGAAGGAUUACAGUGACAAACGGACCUCUUCACACCUUUUGCAAGCUCCGGAAGUACCAGAACCACAAGCAGAACAACCUUUACCAUCAUCCUCCUCCCACACCAAAAAUGACUCCCAGUCGAACAAACCUUCACUAUUUUACGACGACUACAAACCCUCUGAACCACCCACAGCCACUCUGGAUGAAAGUUACAUCUUAGAAAUUCAACCCAGAGUCGCCAAGUCACGAUUAAUGCCAACCGCCUCCGACACAGACUCACCAAGUCACAACAUAUUCUCGAACUAUGAAGAAUUGAAAAUCCAAAGGUAUCUCAGCCGCUUAAAGUCGCCCCCAUCUCAGCACCAGUCAGAGGCUGGCAAACAAACCUUCAAUUUCGACCUGGACGACCAAAACCAACCCAACACGUACCGAUUUAACAACGUGCUCUACGAAAACGGCUCAUUCGUCCCACUCGCGACACGGAGAAGUUUGAUAGAAAUGAACAACACGAAUAAAAAGGGGGGACGCGACAUGUCUGAAUCGGAUAAUCGGAGUAGCGUCUCCAUCACCCCGGAAAAUCCGGUCGCCACCCAACCGAUUGCAAGAAUGGAGGCAAGAGUUGCGACUGGGAGGCCAAAUCCGCAAAUAACUUCGGUUGAGCUGAGGUACGACUUUGACAAUGAACGAGGCAGCGGGGUGAGACGAAAUCACAUGGCUGAAAGUCCACCUUCUUCGCCUCCACCCCCUUUUCACUCGUACCGUAGCGCUCUUCCACCCCUGCACGAAAGGGAGGACAAGAAAAAGCAGCAUUUUUCUGACCACAGUCGACACCUCAAGAAAAAAGAAGAACAGACGCCGAGCCAUCAUCCGUCAUCCGAAACAUCCUACUCGUCCAGAUCGGAACGAAUCUCUGACCUUAUCAAGCGUUCCUACUACAAGAAUCCAGACUUGGAGUGGAGCCCGAACGACAGCAAUAACAAUAAUAUCAACAAGAGACUUAAUACUACUUUGGCCAAUAACAAUUUGGCAAUGUCCGCCGCCACCAUUUCGUCCACAUCGAACAACAAAUCUGCAUCAAAAUCCAUCGUCACGAUUGGCGACUACGAUGGGAACACCACUUCCGUCACGCCUGCCCUAGUAAACGCAGACCCUAGUCCGGAACCCAUCCUGAGCAUGGACCACACCUGGAAGGGUCCAGCCUACUCCAAUGUUGAGGACGCAUCAUCCGACAGAAAAACCAGUAAUGCGAGGUCACUCACCCUGCUAAAACUCGGGCAUCACUCGAGUGAACAACCCGAAUGGAUUUCGAAAGCUCGCAACCGUGAACAUCGGAUCUUGGAUUGGGACUCAGUCGGAAAACAGCCGACGUACAGCUCCACGCCUAGUCAACCGCCAGAGCAGCCUCCCUGGGUGGAUGACUUUAUCAGACCCAGGGCUAAAACUGUCCUCGCUGACAGGAUAGUGCCCAAAGUGUCCGCCGUCGUCUACCCGUGGCAACGUCACCCUGUCGUCACGUCAUCAUUAUCCAGGAACGAGUCCAGGUCGGAUGACGGGAGAAUGAAUGAGGAAGAGGACGAGGAUGGGAUGAAGAGUCACAUCGUCUCCAUCGUACCAACGCCCUCCUUUAUCACGUCAAAGUAUAAUAGAAAACUUGAACCGAUUGGUGGUGGUGGUCGAAGUGGUCCAACGUCCCUGCCUGACCUCCCAGUUUUACAGUUGUCCAACAAGGAAGAAGUUGUGGACCGAGAUUCCGACUCCAUUCUGGUCCAUUCUUCGACCCAGGUCAUGAAAAAUAGGACAAGUGGAGGAGGCAGAAGCAAAGGGGGACGUGGGACGAAGGAACCAGAACGUUCAUUACCACCACCACCUCCUCCUCCAAGUGCGACACUGAGCAGUAGUAGAUCUUCAAAUCCCAACAAGUUGGUCACCAGUGAGACGGAGUCCGAACAAAGGCCGACUACUCGAAAUUCAGUCAAAUCCGGAAUUCAUAGCACCACCAUCAGCAAGAUGGCGAAAGUUGUCUCGAGUAAUAAAGCCGCACUGAAUGACCCCGUGACCUCAGGAGGAGGAGGACGAAAGAGUGGGGCCGGAGGAGGACGUGGUCGAACGGAAGUAAAAUCUUCCGUGACGUCGGGAGACUCCACAACGACGAGGAAUAAUAAAGCGACAAGCGAUAAGCAGUCUAUCACCACCACGACCACGAGUUCCACUCCCAUUCAUCGCCAUCCUUUGGUAAAAGUGUCGAAAUUGCCGGUUAGGAAGAAUCUCGCACCGAAAUCAUCCUCCGGGGAAGGCAAAGGGAUGAAGGGGUCGUCAAAAGGUGGUAGCAAAGAAAAUCCUGAUGAAUCCUCCACCCCAAAGAAAAAAAGUGGGCAUUAUCGAGUCGGAUUAUUGUCGCCGACAAACAAUCCACCGGAAGUUGUGGGAAAAACGAGUCCUCCAACGACGACGACUACGACUAAUCAACAGCAACCUUGGAGGAGAAAGUAGACCAAGAAAAAAACGUGUCACCAUUUAAAAAACAUAAAAUAGUCAACCAAACCAACUUAUUGUAAUAAUAUUUAAAUAAGUUUCACGUGUACUUAAUAACCAUUGAACUGACUGCUGCUAUCGAGCCUACGCACUUUUUCUCACUUAUGAAGUCUUAUCACGAUUUUAAAUUACCUGCCUUUAUUAUACUUCACUCCUUAAUAACUUGCGCCAUAGUUAAAGUACUUAUAACAUUGGCGCAAGUUGGUAACGAGUAAAGUACUUAUAAUGUCUCUCCCUGGUAGAUAAAUACGAUACGAAUGUCUGGUUAAUAAUUGGGACUUUGUAAUAUUAAUUAAUGCGUUUUUUUUCUCUCUCUGGAGUAUAAAAUGACUUCUCAGAACUGAUCUACAUAAAUACAUGCAUAAAUUAAUUAAGGAUAUAAAGAUAAAUGUGCCUCCUAUGCUUUCACCAAUUUAACUUAACAACGAGCUCAUGCAAAUAAAAACAAAAAAGUUACGCCACUACCACAAGAG